UGGGCUGGAGAGGGCAGCCGUGUCCUGGGGUCGUGCGCUCAGAGCGCCAAGGGGCACAACUUGAGCUGAGACUGUCCAGAGUGGGCUGCGCUGGCAGUUUCAUUUCCGGGUGUGAUGGCCCAGCGAUUAAGAGCGAGCCCAGACGUUGCCUUGAUGAUGAAUGUGAACGUUGUGAAGCUGUGUCCUUGAUUGUGGAGUCUGAUAAGACAUUCUUUUUAAUCAGGAGUCAGUGAUCUGUCAGGCUCCCGAUAAAAAGAAGAAAAGGGGGAACAACAGGGCGUGGAUGGUCCUUAUACAAUUACUUCGUUUAAAGACUAGGUCUCCAGUAGGAUGGGACAUGAAUUAGCUCCCUUUGACUGCCAGCAUUCCUGUGCUGUAACUGUCAGAAACUUCAGCCUUCAGAUUGCUAACUGUUUAACGCCUGGGUCGGAUGGUGGAACUGAACAUUACAGCGAGCUUGUGACUGCCUGGGGCUAUAGAAGUGGAAGAGAACUGUAAGGAGCAGUGCCAGUCCCUGGCAGGAAUUGUGGAGGCGCCGCAGUGAAGAUAUCUGUAAUCAUGGAAUCCCCUUGCUAAUCGUCACCACCGUUCCGUGAUAAGCCAGCAAGGACGUGGGUCGGUCGAGGAGAAGGAAGAGAGAGAGGCCAGCAUGAAGCUAAAGCAGCGAGUUGUGCUGUUAGCAAUACUCCUCGUCAUUCUUAUCUUCACCAAAGUUUUCCUGAUAGACAAUUUAGAUACGUCAGCUGCCAACCGAGAGGACCAGAGGGCUUUUCACCGAAUGAUGACUGGCUUGCGGGUGGAGCUGGUGCCCAAGUUGGACCACACCCUGCAGUCUCCUUGGGAGAUUGCAGCCCAGUGGGUGGUGCCCCGGGAAGUGUACCCUGAAGAGACACCAGAGCUGGGAGCAAUCAUGCAUGCCAUGGCCACUAAGAAAAUCAUUAAAGCUGACGUGGGCUAUAAAGGGACACAGCUAAAAGCUUUACUGAUUCUUGAAGGAGGACAGAAAGUUGUCUUCAAACCUAAGCGGUACAGCAGAGACUAUGUGGUAGAAGGGGAGCCAUAUGCUGGCUAUGACAGGCACAAUGCAGAGGUGGCAGCCUUCCAUUUGGACAGGAUUCUGGGUUUCCGCCGAGCUCCCUUGGUCGUUGGCAGAUAUGUUAAUCUGCGAUCAGAAAUUAAGCCUGUUGCCACGGAGCAGCUGCUGAGCACCUUCCUGACUGUAGGGAACAAUACUUGUUUCUAUGGGAAGUGCUACUAUUGCCGAGAAACAGAGCCAGCGUGUGCUGAUGGCGACAUGAUGGAGGGAUCCGUCACACUUUGGCUUCCAGAUGUGUGGCCUCUGCAGAAACACCGACAUCCUUGGGGCAGGACUUACCGAGAAGGCAAACUGGCCAGGUGGGAAUAUGAUGAGAGCUACUGCGAUGCUGUGAAGAAAACGUCUCCCUAUGACUCAGGCCCACGCCUCCUGGACGUCAUUGACACGGCUGUCUUUGAUUACUUGAUUGGCAAUGCUGACCGCCAUCACUAUGAAAGCUUUCAAGAUGAUGAAGGAGCUAGCAUGCUUAUUCUUCUUGAUAAUGCCAAAAGCUUUGGGAACCCCUCGCUGGAUGAGAGAAGCAUCCUUGCCCCUCUCUAUCAGUGUUGCAUAAUUCGGGUUUCAACCUGGAAUAGACUGAAUUAUCUAAAGAAUGGAGUACUAAAGUCUGCCUUAAAAUCUGCCAUGGCCCAUGACCCCAUCUCCCCUGUGCUCUCCGAUCCACACUUGGACUCUGUGGACCAGCGACUUCUGAAUGUCUUGGCCACCAUCAAGCAGUGUACUGACCAGUUUGGGAUGGAUACUGUGCUGGUGGAAGACAGGAUGCCACUCUCCCACUUGUAACUCUCAACACAAAACAAGGGCAACUGAGUUUUACAAAGAUAGAGACACAGCACAAUCAAUUCCAAAUGGCAUGUGGUGGCCUUCGAGUGGCCACUGUGGGACUGGUGGUAGAAGACCUUGGCCCUGGGAGUGCUCCGUGGUUUCUGCAGUGCAAGCUCAAGACCACAGUUCGGCGAGCGUCUCUGCAGAAUCACCUCUCUGCAGCAGGCGUCAGCACUGCUCAGUCUUUAUUCCCACAUCUGAGGACGAGCAGGUUGACAUUGGCUAAGGAAUCGGUUCCAGAGCGUGUGUCUGGGGCUAGCCUUGCUGUCCUUUCUCCACACUCUGGAUUCUCUGAAAACACUUUGCAGUCCCUUGCGUCUUUAAACAACAAAACCCAGAACUAGUCAGAUUGAAAAACAUACUGCUCCUCCAGAGUGCCAUCAGACAAAAUAGCAGUCUGCUCCAGGAGACUGUGUUUAAGGUAGAUUGGAGGAAGGGCAGGGCAGGAAGGUCUUGGGACUCUAAGCUAUUGGGUAGCAUGGAUUUGACAUCUCAGGGAAGAAAAGAGGGAGGGACUCACUCUCUAGAACCAGGAGGAUAAUGGACUUAGUGAAAAACAGCUUCCCCUCUGUUUAGGUUCUUAGAUAUGUCCAAAGCAAACAGUCGUCUCCUGGUUGUGUUCACAUUAACCACAGUCAUCUCUAGAACUAUGACAACCCAAGCGUGAUCCUCUGUGGACAAUAAUUUACUCCAUGCCCCCCCUUUUCCCAAAGUAGCAAAACAAACUGAAAAUGUGCUCUCUGCCACCCACCCCUCCCCCCUUUUCUUUUUCUCUCAGUAGCAUUGUUUAUUUUGAGGUAGACUCUAGCCCGUGCUGAUCUGGGACUUACUGUAUGGCCCAGGCUUCCUUUGAGCUGGCAGCAAUCCUGUGGCCUCAGCCUUCCACACUCGAGGAUUUUAAGUAUGAACCAACAUGCCCAGCUCUCUCUUCUAAAGUGAACUCACACCCUGUGAGGUGAAUGCCUGUAACGGCGCUGUUCCUAGGAGCUUGGCAGCUUUGUCUGUGCCUUUCUUAGGAGAAAGUGUCCUGGUGGAUAGACUAAGCUUGUGAUGUGCGCCCUGCAGAUAACAGAGUGAAAAUGUUUAGGCCUCUGAGCCUUGAAACUGAGGAGAUCACCGCAAAGAGCCUUAAUAGUUUGGUUCAUAUCUAAUCCAAAUUCGGUCCCAUUUGGAGUUCUGAACCCGUGGUGUAGUAGAAUUCUUCCAUCUCCGUGUCAGAGUCAGGGUUGGUUCUGUGUUCUGGCAAGUCAUUUGAUAGGUGAGCAGCUGCCACAUAGCUGGGGGAUGUGUCUGGGAUAGUGGCUGCACUCAGACUGUGCAUUCCCUCUACAUCUUGUCCUGUUCUGGACUUCUGUCAGGACUAGCCGGUCAGCACUGUGCUUGAUAUUUAGUGCCAGCCACAGAGCCUGGCCUGAGGCAGCUACCUUUUGGGUUCAUACCCCCCAGUUCCUCACAUUAAAACCUAGUCGCCUGUAACCACUUUUAAGUGGCAUGAAAUUAGGAGACUUUGUACAUUUAAUGUACACUUUGAGGUAGAUUAAGGAAUAUACUGCAUAUUUCUCUUUUUUUUAAAUUCGGGGUAUUGAACUUAAAAAAACAAAUAUAGCACAAAACACUAAAAUAGCGUUAACAAAAGGAGAUGUCGAGCCAGGCAGUGGUGGCGCACACCUUUAGUCCUGGCAUUUGGAAGGCAGAGGCAGGCAGAUCUCUGUGAGUUCAAGGCCAGCAUGGUCUACAGAGUGAGUUCUAGGACCAAACCCAAAAAACAAAGCAAAAACAAAAGGAGGUAUUAAGUCCAGUUUCCAGGCUACUUGUUGUGUACAUCAAGGAAAUUGACAGUUGAAUUUUGAGAUUAGCGUGGUUAUUAGCACUUUGGAAAGUAGGAACCAGAUGCUGGGAGCCAUCAGAGUGGGUGGACGGUAGUGAGCCCUCCCUCCAGUGCUGACUAAGCUGUGGCUCAACAUUCCAGCGGACACACUGGGGAAGUGAGUAGGAACUCCCAGAUAAGCAGCCUCACUUGUAAUGGUGGAGAUGGAACAUUAUUCUGGGGAGAACAGGCAGACAAGCUGCUUCGAAAAAAUGUCUCAUUUUUCUUUCAGAGCAGUUAGAGAUGAUGACAUCUCCCUUUCACACUCACGGCUUGAAAAGGUGCUCAGAGCCACAGUGGACAGAGUUGAGUCAGGGUGACACGGCAAUUAGAGUAUAAAUGUGUGUUCUAACUGGGAUCAAGCUAGGAAAGGUACAUUUAGGUGAAUCUCGGCGCGGCAGGGCCGGGGGCAGCUGUCUGCUUCUCAGCCUCAAAUUUAUAAACACAAAGUUCUGUUGGGAAAAAAAAGAUAGAUUCAUAUUUUAAAAGUAUCGUAACUCUGGCCUCUUUUUGGGUCAUUUACUAGAUUAGGGCUGCUGUAAUCAAGGUGCUGGGGGUUUGGUCAGCUCUAAAUUAGCUUUACCAACUGAGCAUCCAUCCGCAUAGAUGGACGCAUCUAAUACACAAAACCAAGAACUCCACAUCCUCCCACUGCUUAAAUACAUGUAUUCUGAAGUUGGAAUGGGGGAGAUUUGAAUAUAGAAUUUUUAUUCUCAAACUAUUUCUUAAUCUAAGGCUGCAUUGUACUUUGGGGAGGGCUAUAAGUAAUUCAUCUUUGAAACAAUAGGUUCUCAUUUGCUGAAGAUGUUUGGUAGUUUUUAAGGUAUGUCUCCCUGUUUGCACUCAGGGUUAAAGUGUCAGACUAAAUUUUUAGAAGAAAAUAGAGAAAUUCAAUUAUAUUCAUUACAAAUUAUUUCAGCAAAGUGGACCCAGACAUUUUCUCGAUUUUCCCAGUGCCAGAGACAGCAUUGCCAUCCAAAGAAACUCAGGUUUUCUUUAAAACUCUCAUGCUAUGUCGUCUUAUCCCCUGCUCCUGUUCCUUCAGCCUCUCUGCCCUUCCCUCCCUUGAUCUCUCUGAUUACCUUAUGAUUACCUUACUAACACCUGCUGUUGGCACACUCGUGAGUCCUGUGGUUAGGGUUUCAGGAUAGGAGGUGGAGGUUUGGGUUAAUGUGACCGUGUGUGUGUGUUCUACCAAGGAAAAUGUUCUUACUUUGACACAAGGAACACUGAGUGACUGGCCCUGGGAAAGGACUUGGCUAGUCAAGGUUAGAGUGUACAUCAAGCAUUUCCUGAGCAGCCUGCUAAGCAGGUAACCUGACUGAGCAUGCUCCGUGGGGGAGGCUGGCUCUUCCCCCCUUGUUUCUCUAGUCUGGGUGGUGAGUGGGGGCUGGACACUGUACUGUCACAGGUUUUUAGGACCUAAGGUGACCCUCGUAAACUCUUGGGGGAAGCUGGGAGUAACUACUGGGAAGCUAAUUUAUUUGUCUAAAGGGUGGGUCCCCACCCCCCUGUUUGAUCUGCCUAGGAUUUCCUCUUGGAGCUGUUGUGCAGAUAGAGGUUGUACUUGGUAAGAUACCAAACAGAUUUCUAAUGUGUUCUAUGGGUUUCAAUUCUGAAAAAAAAAUAAAAGAUUUUAAUAUA